AUUGGGCCGCGGCUUUCCGCUCCCCCGCCCAUUGGUCGCACCGCCCCUUAAGCGCGCUCCGAUUGGCUGGGAGGGCCCGGCCCGGUAUCCGGGUAAGAUGGCCGCAGUCGGAGAGUGCUCGCUCCCCGCUCCGUGGCGGCCGCUCUCCCUCACUCACGUCGAAUACCCCGCAGGUGAUUUCUCGGGUCAGCUUUUAGCUUAUUUGAGUCUUGGUCCAAUAUUCAUUAUUGUUGGCUUUGUAACACUCAUCAUAUUCAAGAGAGAGCUUCACACGAUCUCUUUCUUGGGAGGGUUGGUGUUCAAUGAGGGAGUGAACUGGUUAAUAAAAAAUGUCAUCCGGGAGCCUCGGCCCUGCGAAGAAGCCCAUUCAACAGUGACCACAAAAUAUGGGAUGCCGUCCAGCCACUCCCAAUUCAUGUGGUUUUUCUCUGUCUAUUCCUUUCUGUUCCUUUAUUUAAGAAUGCACCAAACAAACAAUGCGAGGUUUCUGGAUUUACUAUGGCGACAUGUGCUGUCCAUCUGCCUCGUCACAGUGGCUUUGCUAGUCUCAUAUAGUAGGGUUUAUUUGCUUUACCACACCUGGAGCCAAGUCUUAUAUGGAGGUGUGGCAGGCAGCAUUAUGGCCAUAGCCUGGUUUGCCUUCACACAAGAGAUCCUAACUCCUCUCUUCCCAAGGAUAGCUGCAUGGCCAAUUUCAGAGUUCUUUUUAAUCAGAGACACCAGUCUCAUUCCUAACAUCCUGUGGUUUGAAUACACAGUCACCAGAGCAGAGGCAAGAAACAGACAGCGCAAGCUGGGCACGAAGCUCCAGUGACGUGGGCAGCGUGGGGACCAGGGUGCAGGUUUUACCAGAGACAGACAAGAGCAGAGAGACCUGGGAGCAGCAAGGAGCUUUUUAACAGACGGACCAAAGGAACAGGCAGGGACCAUACCCAAAACCUGAAAGCCUUUGCUCUGCUUUAGCAGCUAGCUGGAUGCUCCCUGAUGCAUGUGGGACCGUGCAGGAGUAGAAACUCAUUUUCAACACAGAUGCACAUUGCUGGUUGGAAUGUACCAUCAUGUCUACGUCAGGGGAGGGGGGAGAAAAUGCCUGGUGUCAUGUUUGGGGGAGGGAAAAAACCAAAAAUGAUUCCUUUCUGUGACUUUUUUUUUUUUCCAGCAUGAAAUAUACACACUAUUUAUUUAUUUUUUUAAACGGAACUAUUGUUUCUGGGGUGGGUGAGGCAUUGAUUGUGUGUUUUUGGUUUUGCUUUUUGUUUGGGUUUUUCUUUUUGGAAGAAGAUGACAAAACUGAUCUCGAGUUGGUGAUGCCUAAUUAGGGCUUUUUAUUUUUAAAAACUUAGGAGGGAGGAGGGGAACUAGGAUGGGGUGACCUAGGCAGAUGGGUCAGGAAGACUUCCUUUCCUUUCUGCAACCAGUUUGGGAGAU